AUGUUGGAAAGCAAAAUCAAAUCGAUAUUUGCUAUCCAUCAAUCUGAUGAUCAAAUCAGAAUACAUCCCACCUCCCCAGAACCCAUAGACCUAGAGAAACAAUCAUCACACAAUGUCACCACCGUAAAACACAACGACGAAAACAGCAACAAUAACAACAACCCCUAUUUGGUCACUUGGGACUCUCCUCAGGACCCUAAGAACCCCAGAAACUGGACCAUGGCCGCAAAAAUCACCAUCACCAUCAUGACCUCCCUUGAUGCCUUCAUCACCUCGUUCGCCUCCACCACUAUCUCCCCAGCCAUGGAAGAAAUCUCUGUCGAAUUCGGCUUCCCUACAAAUGAAACUUUGGCCUCGUUAUGUGUCAGUAUCUUCAUUCUUCCCUGGAUCUUCGUCCCAUUGGUAGUCUCGCCGUUAUCUGAAAUCUAUGGCCGGAAAAUCGUCCUCUUGGUUUGCACUUGGGGUUUGUUCUUUUUCAACAUCGGGUGCGCCUGGUCUCAAAAUACUAGCCAACUCCUUGUCUGUCGUUUUUUUGCCGGAUUCUUCUCGUCUUCCACUUUAUCGGUCGGCCCUGGGGCUUUGGGCGAUGCAUUCGAUAAUAAAUCCAGAACUAAAGCCACCGGUCUUUAUGCCAUCGCCCUCGUCCUCGGUCCAGUGAUUUCCCCAAUCAUUUCCGGGUUCGUGGUCCAAUAUAAAGGUUGGCGUUGGGUCCUCAAAAUCUUGACCAUCUUGAACGCCGCAAUUCUUGUCCUCAACCAUGCUUUCCUAAAAGAAUCGUUCGAACCAAUCCUUCUUGCCCGUAAAAAACAACAAUUGAUGAAGAAAGACCCGGAAAAUGCCGAAAAAUACCAUACCGCUUACGAAUUAAACAACAUGAAUCUUUCCACAUGGCGGUUCUUGCAAAUCAACAUCAGUCGUCCAAUCCUUCUUCUCUUUUACCAUCCAAUGGUGUAUGGGCUUGGGGCCUUCUUGGCCUUCACCAACGGGUUCCUUUACCUUAUGAUCGUUAUUUUCCCAACCGUGUGGGCUUCCCUCUACGGGUUUUCCAUGGGUAUCUCUGGUCUCAUGUUUGUUACUAUGGGUAUUGGUUUCCUUCUCGGUAUCGCCUUAUGGACCCCCUCGAUCGAUUUUUUCGUCAAUCGCUCUCUCAAGGCCAACAAUGGCAAACUCAAACCAGAAUAUAAAUUGAAAUUGCUUUGGCUCGGGGGAAUAAUCGCCCCUGCCGGAAUGUUAGGGUUUGGUUGGUGUGUCGAUAAGCACGUCCACUGGAUUGUCCCAUCGAUUUUUGCCGCGAUCUUCGCCUUUGGUACCGUCAACGUUUUCCAAAUCAUCAAUAAUUAUUUGAUCGAUAUGGAUCCGGCAUUUAGUGCCAGUGCAGUGGCAGCAGCAACGGUUUUCAGAUCGAUUUUUGGGUUUACUUUCCCACUUUUUGCACCUAAAUUCUACGCCAAAUUGAAGUUUGGAUGGGGGAAUACCUUCUUCUUUUUCAUUGGGAUGAUUCUUGGGAUACCAUAUCCUAUAUAUGCUUAUUACCGUGGCGAAAAAUUGAGAAAAUGGGGUAGCAAAAAACUUAGUGAUUUUAACGAUGCAUUCUAUAAGAAGUUGGGAUUACAACCCCCAUCAAUACCGAAUUUGGAAGGCUGUGAAGAUGAAGAUGAAGAAGAAAUGGAAAAUGUCGCUGCAGAUGAAAGCAAAGAAAUUGAGAAAGAAGGACAUAUCAUUAAUGAUGCAGCGGUUCCUCCGCCAUCGCAAGAUUCACAUGAUACAAAGUUCACCCAGUCUACUAUGACCACCACGUCGGUAGGAUCUAUCUAA